CUGGCCGGAAGAGAAGGAGGGGCGGGGCUCACGGCGUGCCCCACGCAUUUCCCGCCGCCGCGUCGCUACGGCAACAGCGUGAGCCGCAUAGUGCUGUCAUGGCGGGGACUAGCGUGGCGGAGCAGCGCUGGCUGCAGGCGGCUCGGGAAUUCGCCCGCCGUGCGUUCCCUGACGGCGAAGGGCCCAGCGGGACGGAGCCACCGCUGCUGGACGUGGUGCUGCGGCGGUUGCGCGACGUGGGUGGCGGGGACCUGCCACUCGGAUACAGUUUCAUCUCCAUCUCUGACCUACUACAUCAGCAGCGUAUGCCGUGCUGCAGCCACCUGACCUGGAGCACCAAUGAAUUUAAAGAUUGGGCUCAGCAAGGACAAGGUGCUUUACCCAUGCAGGAUGCUUUGCCAAGAGCUUACCUCAUCUUGGUUGCCUAUUUAACAGAUGGUAGGCAAGAGAACAAAGAAAAGUUGGUAGAUGGUUGCCUUUAUGUGAAAGACAAUACUGGGAUAAUUCCAUGUGAGCUCCUGCAUCUUGAACUGGAGUGGCUGGGGGCAUUGUUCCUCUUCCCAAGCUGGUCAUACAUACCACAGACAGACAAGAGCGCAGCAGGGUAUGUAGAAAUCCUGGUAGAUCCAGUGCCAGUAAAUCUCCUGAAGGAAGUGCCGGACACCAUUCCAGUCAGCUUUCCAGCAUCAGCCAAGCCACUGCUUACCUCUAGGAUUCCAUGUAAGAGAAGAUCAAAGCUCACUGUAGCAGGUGAACUGGCCAGGCGAGGGCCUCUCCUUUGUAUUCGCCACAAGUCAUUCUUCUUCCUGUUUCUGAAGUGCUUAAUCUCAGCUGUUUGGGUCCCUGUGUUGGUGCAGAAGCCCAACCAGCUGGCAUGGCAUCAUAGCCUCCAGUUGGGCCAAAGGUACACAAUAACAGGCCUGAGUAUAUCCAGCCUGAAGAAAUCUGGACAACGGAUAUUUGUCACUGGUGUUUCUUCCUGCCUUCUGCCUUACUGUGCAGAGCAGGUGGGAGAGCAGCCACUGGACAAUGCUUGUCAAGGAGAAUCCACUCAGUCAUCGUCUCUUGAGACUGCUGAGCAGCUCAGUGACUCCUUGGAGCUGGGAGUUGAAGAGAAGAGGACAGGAUCAACCAGAGACUCUAAGAUUAUCUCAUAUGUGGGAACUGUCACCAAAAUACUCAAUGUCCAAGCUGGUCUCUUUUUACUGGACGACAAAGUCUGCUUGUGCCUUGCUUACCAGCAGUUGUUGAGCUCUGCACGUGGGCUCCGACCAGGAGCAUGUGUGGAGCUCAUUGACGUCCACCUCCUACAGAAGCCUCUGGUAUCCUUCCCUUUUGUUGUACUUGGUGCUUGCCUGAGCAGCACUAUUGUGCUGAAGAGUUUUUCAAGGCUCAGCAUCCCAUAUCAGGCACGGGCCUCUUCGGGAAAUCUAUACUUACAGCUGCUGUUCCGCUACAAUCUUGAUAUGUCACUCUACCUCUGGCUGGUGAGCCUCCUGGAGGGAUUUGAGGAGAGGUUUUCUUGUUUCUUUGGGCGCCGUCGACUGUUGCAUAGCUCUAAGCACCAAAACCCUGGAGCUGCUGAGAAGUUCCUUGUCCCCCUUCUGCAAGCUGCAGUGCCAGACAGAGAGGAAGCCAGAGAUAUUUAUGAUGAAAUCUUGGCAAAAGCACACCAGUGUCCCCUGCAGAAGUAUUUGACCAUGACCCCACCGUGCCAGGUUCCAUCUCUGUCUGUAAUUUGUCGUGUGGCUGUACAGAAGAGCUGGGAAGCCUUCAGUCCAUCACAGUUGCUCUCCCCCUUGGAGGCCCAGCACAUGGGCACCCAGGAGCUGAAUCGCAGACUGGCCUGGUCCUACUGCACACUCUCAGCAGGAAGUUUCCAGCCCCGACUGAUAUUGCAGGGUGUGCUGAGAGUCUCCUCCAGGAGCAGUUCCCUCCAGCUGCAGGACAAGAGCAGCAUGCUUCCUUGUGUGAUAUCUCAUAAGGAUGGUAGCCCCUUUGCCCAUACAUCUCUCAUAGGAUCGCUCUUGCAGGUGGAAAGCUACCAGCUUGUAGUGGAGAGAUUCUUUCAGACUGAUUUUCCUUCCUGGGAGCACUUGGAAAAUCUGGAUCAUGUGAGGGAGAAAAAAUACAGUGUCUAUGUGCAGUUCUACUUUGAGGAUGUUCAGGUUCUCCAUGCUCCUGAAGGACAAAUCCAGAAAGGCCUUAGAAGUGGAAGCAGCUCUUCUUUGAGGAGGAAGCAUGGUAGCAGCUUAACAUCUGAGCUGGAAACCUCAGAGGCAAAAAUGCUGAAAUUGGAGGAUCCCAAGCCAGAUACUCACACAGCUGAGAACUGUCAGGGGUGCCAGAGCAGCACUGGAAGAACCAACUGUGUAUCUCGCCUAUUCUUGGUUACCCAGAAAGAGGGACUUAUGUUACGCAAUUACCAACUACCCAGAAAAGAAGAUGGAAAAGGACCAGAGCUGCAGUGCAGUUUCCAAGCCACAGUGCUGUGGCUAGGCAAACCUCGGCUCUGGAGCUGCCCCAGAGAAAUUGGAAACCUACCAGAGCUGGAUGAGAUGGACUGUGAUGGAGAAGAGGGCAUGACACAGGAAAAAGCACUACUCCUCUUUAUGGGGAAAUCUCUACGAUGGUUUCCAUUUCUGCAUCUGGAUGGACUGUAUUGCUUCAUUGUGCCUUGCUGCUCGGACUUGGAAGUGUUUCACAAGCUCUGUUGUCCACCCAUGCCAGAAAAGUCCCUGAGCAGGUCAUCCUGCCCCCUGUGCCUGCCUGUCCAAGAUACCUGGCACUUACAGCAUGAGAUGUGGAUCUCCUGUCUGCCUGAGUGCCAGCUGGCAGCCAGGUCGGUGCUGACUGGUGUGGAACAGAGAAUUUCCUCCAUUCCAGAAGUACUUAGCAACGGUUUCACAGGUUCCCUUGUUUCUUUCUCUGGUGAGAUAGUGGAGAGGACCUUGUGUGCCUCUCCCAAGAAUGAGAAACCAUCUGUGACUGCUGGCCUUCAAAAGCAGAAAGGGAUACUGCUAGCCAGUGAUCACAUCGUGAAGCUCAGCGUCUCAGUUGCUCCGGGCUCCCCUGCUGUGGUAGACAUUUAUAUUGCUCCCACCUAUCUGCAGCAUCUGUGGGGUUUGCUACCUGGAGCCAAGAUCCUUUUCCAGAACCUGGAACGCAAAGUUUCCAGGUUCCAUAAUGUUUAUUGCACUUACAUUGCUUCCAGCUGUGUGAGCAUCAUAGGUCUGCCAACUUCUUACCUACCUUUUUCUUCAAGUUCUGCAGGAGAAACCUCACCCCCCUCACUGGUGUUUCUAUCCAACUUGCAAUCUCAUCUGCAACACCUGUCCCAGGCACGGAUUUUGUGCCAUGUGUCCUAUGUACUGACGCUUUCCCUGCAGUGGGUUUGCUCGCUUUGCAGCAGCAUCUUCAAAGAGGGGAGGUGCACCCGACACAGCCCACCAUGUCCAUCACACUUAGGAGUGAGGCAAGCCAGUGCACGGGUGCUGGUGGAGGAUGGAACGGGUGAAGCUUUGGUGCUGUGCAGGAACCAGCAUGUGGCAGCCAUGCUGGGUCUGAGCCUUCUUGAUUGGGAAGCUCUGCAGAACUGUGUGCAGAGCAGGGGCAGUGUGUCCAUUCAGCACGAGGAAACUACUGGCAUGGGGUGUGUAGAGGAACCUGAGGAUUUCAUUGCUUGCUACAUAAGGAGCCUGUGCAGGAGUCCUCUCAUCUGUCGCCCCAUCCUGCUGGAUUUCAGCCUAGACAGGAAGCCCUCCAAGAUCCUGCAGCCUACUCCUCUGCAGCUGAGGAAUUUUCGUUGCGGUGAGGUGGAGUUUGUGUCACAAGUGGGACCUCGGCUGAGCCUGCUGUGCCUGAAUGUGGAGGAAGUGGAACAAGAUGCCUUAAACUAUCUGAACAGCGAGAGGAUUAGGAGGACAUCUAGUUAUUGCUGAGUGGAAGCCCCAGCUUAAUAUCUCUCCUGGUGGAAAAGGAAUUAUGGUAAUACCUGUUGGGAUUGGGACCUCUUUUUUUAUCUCCCUUCCAGUGGGAGCAUGGGGUGAAAGGUGCAAUCAGGAAGCUACUCUGACUUCUGGAAUUCCCGAGUGGUCGUUCUGGACCAUUGCCACCAGCGAUACUGGGCAAUGUUUUUGAAGGGAGAUACUCAAUACUUUGAGCCUAGCACCCACAAUGUGUAUAUUUUAUGUGGUAGUAUCUACCAAAUAAAGCUACUAAAAUACAAUUUAAAUGAUACCAUAUCUAUUUUAAUACUAAGGUUUACAUGCUGCAUGGGGACUGAGGCAGAAUACAGAUCCUUGGUAUAUGAGCCAGAGAUGGGCAUUUUGCAGAUCACUCGCUGUCUUCGUAUGAGACUAUAUAGUUGCCACACAGGACAUUCUUCUUUACCCACUUGACAUUAUCAAAAUGUUUUUAAAGCAUGUCCUUCCUCCAAAAAAGAGAAGUGAAUAAGUUACUGUUUGGGAACUAAAUCACGGUGCUACAUCACAGGCCUGUGCAGGCAUUAUUUUUAAGUUUAAACAGUGGCCUGAACAUUACGUGGGGCUGGUAACAAGAGGAAGACAGGGAGCUGUGGUGGAAAUCCACUACUUUCAGGCUUGCUCAUCUGUUUCUGAUUAGGAAGAGAAGUGGAACAUGCCAAUACCUAUGGUGGCAUGGCAGACUAACCAAUACACCAUGUGGGAGGUCACCGUUUGUAGACAUUCCUCUCCCAUCUGCUUGCUGUCAUGAUCUGCACUUGCUCUUAGCAAAAUAACAUCCAGAUGCUUGUGCUGUGGGCUAGUAAAUGCCACACACCAUUACUUCCCUGCCUUAUUCCUCAUGUAAUGCUGAAAGCAUGUUUGAACAGCUACUCUGUUAUGGGUUUUGUUUGUUCAGCAUUUCCUCCCACUCUUCCCCCUUAGUCUGAGCUUUAUGUUAAACGUCAGGCAAUGGGUUUAUUGAGCAUCUGUAAAGUAUCUUCCCUUUCAAGGCCUACUGGCCCCUUCUGUGACUAAAUCAUGAGUGGCACAAGACCUGACAGAUGCCACCAGUCAACAAAGUUCUGAGACCCCAUUCUGAAAGUGUUUGACAAAAAGUGCGAAGAUGUGCACUUUUUCUCUGAUAGGCUUCUUCCUGUAGAUGCUUUCUGCAAACUAAUAAAGAUUUCACUAAAGCUUACCUCUGCCCUUCCCAAAGAAAAGAAAAUAAAAACCCCAAAUAAACUAUCUCAGCCUGAGGAAGAUACUGACCGUAAGUGACAUGAGAUGAAGAGAUCAAAAUCUGAUUAAAAAAUGCAACUGAAAGUAGUCUUGUAAUAUGAAUACCAGAGUAACAGAUGGUACUACAGUAAUAGGAAGUGCCAGAUCAGAGACUUCCUUAAAAACAUAAAAGGCAAAUUUGUUUGUCUGUUAUAUCUCUAUAUCUGUUUAAUAUCUGUUUACUUCUGAAUUUGAGCUUUGAAGUAAUAUCUUGUUAGUCUUUCUCUUUUCCUCAUUAUGUAUGUUAACCUUCUGUCUGCUGCCACACUUAUUACUCACUUCUUUGUCUUUUAUUUCACUCUGUAAAUGCAAUCAUUAGCCCUCAUACAGGACUGUAGACACACUGUUUGCCUUUGCCACAUUGAAGGUGUAACGCUUUAUUUUAAGCCUGUUGGUUAUUUUCUAAUCAAUCAGUGUUUUGCCAUUCACAGUAUCUUUUUCAGAAGGGAGAGUUUGAUAA